AUGUUCGAGAUCGGGUAUGUAAUACGUGUCGCGUACAGGCGAUGUACAAUAUUCGCCUUAAGUUCUGGUUCACUGCCUUCGGCGAUAGCUAUUGUGCGAACUUCAGGUGACAAAAGUUACUUCUGUAUGCAACAACUUACAAGGAAAAAAAUACUAGUGCCGCGUGAACUUUUCUAUUCAAAGCUAUUCACGAAAAAUGGCGAAUUGAUUGAUCAAGCGAUGAACGUUUUCUUACCAGAUACAGCUGAAUUUUUUGUACAUGGCAGUCGUCCUGUUGUUGAUUCUCUUUGUGAUGCAUUAAAUGAAUUUGAUGGUGUUCGGCCUGCAAAAGCUGGUGAAUUCACUAAGCGUGCCUUCUUUAAUUCUAAGCUGAGCUUCAGUCAAGUACAAUCACUGUCGUUCUUACUUAAUGCUGAAACACAAAGGCAACGAAAACUUGCGGUGAAAGAACGUGCUCUAGGAACUGUCGUUGAACCAAUCCGCGCAAAAUUAAUCGCUACGCGCUCUUCUUUGGAGGCAGCCAUCGAUUUUGCGGAUGAUGUUGGAAUGGACCGAUUUAAGUUGAUUAAAAAUGUGGAAUCUAUAAUCAAUGAUUUAAAGUCUAUGAAACUGCAGUCUGAAAGAGGAUCUUUAAUUAUUAAUGGCAUUCGUGUAGUAUUAAUUGGUCGUACAAAUACAGGCAAAAGUAGUCUUAUAAACCGUAUAGCGCACAGAGAUGUUGCUAUUGUGUCAGAAGUCGAAGGUACAACAAGAGACGCAUUAGAAGCACGUGUAGAAAUGUCAUCAAUACCUGUGAUUUUCACUGAUACAGCUGGAAUUCGAAAUUCCAGAGAUUUCAUUGAAACGGAAGGCGUUUUGAGAGCCUUCGCCAGAGUGAAAGAAGCUGAUAUUGUGUUACUGGUUAUCGAUGCAAGCACAUGCACGGACAUCGUUGAUGAGGUGCGAAAACUUAUGCAAGAAUGUUCGGUGAAAAGAGAAAGCCAUGUAAUUGUUGUUUGUAAUAAAGCUGACUUAAUUACCGAUAAAUUUAAACAAUUCCUACCCUGGAAAAUAGUUUAUACUUCCUGCAUAAUUCCGAAUGGUUGGCAAACUCUUAUUUAUAUGACUGGAUUUAAGAUUGUUGAAAUAGGCGAUAUGGCGAUAGUUGCAGAAAUUUUACGCAAAGCAAGUGAUUAUAUUGGUGAAAUAACAGGCGCAAUUGUUAAUGAAGAUAUCUUGGAGAAAUUAUUCUCUUCAUUUUGUAUCGGAAAAUAA